CUUGAACCGAGACCGCCCGACCGCAGCGACAGGACUGGCCGCCCUAAAUAAGUCGCAAUCGCCAAUUGCCCCUCACUGACUGAAUGACUUGAGGUCCCGUCCCGUCCAAGCCAAUUGCCCAAUUGCCAUCCUAGUUGCCCCUCCUCUUGUCUCCAAGUGUUGGUCCCUUGUGGUUGCACAAGAUAAGAAAAAGUUGAAGAGAGCAACUAUAGAACAUUAUUCGACAAUUCAUACAAGAAAAAGUCAAAGAUACCCGGACGCCGAUAUUGAACAAAAGCGACUCGGUACCUUGCAGCAAACUACCCGCCGAAAUUGCAUUACAGCAGCCACCUGCGACACCCUUCUUGCGCCUUUCACGUCAUAUCCCCAUUUACCAACAACCAGGGCGCAUUAUCACCAAGUAAUCUCAACCGGUUGCUCAUACCUACCUCUUCAACAACACACAAAUUGCACACAAUGGCUUCCCAACAAGAAUCCCGAAUGGACCCGUCAGCAUUUGACAGCAUCCCCGACACUGUCGAGGCAUUCCGCAACGGCGAAUUCGUCGUAGUCCUCGACGACCCCGGUCGCGAAAACGAAGCCGACCUCAUCAUCGCCGCCGAAUCCGUCACCGCCCAACAAAUGGCCUUCAUGGUGCGCUACUCGUCCGGCCUGAUCUGCGCCCCCAUCCUGCCCCAGCGCACGCUCGACCUCGACCUGCCGCAAAUGGUCGGCCACAACGAGGACCCGCGCGCGACUGCCUACACCAUUUCGGUCGACGCCGCCGACCCGUCCGUCACCACGGGCAUCAGCGCCCACGACCGCGCCCUGGUCUGCCGCGUGCUGGCGGAUGAAAAGACCAAGCCGGCGGAUCUGAGAAGACCGGGCCAUGUGUUCCCGCUGAGGGCGAGACCGGGCGGUGUGAGGCAGAGACGGGGACAUACCGAGGCGGCGAUUGAUUUGUGUAGGAUGGCGGGCAAGAAGCCGGCGGCGGUCAUUAGCGAGCUGGUGGAUGAUGGACGGGAGGUGGAGGGCCAGGCCGUCAGGGAGGAGCCGGGCAUGAUGAGGGGGGAGCAGUGCGUGGCGUUUGCGAGGAGGUGGGGGUUGAAGGUGUGCACCAUUGAGGAUAUGGUCAAGUAUCUGGAGGAGAAGGAGGGCAAGUUGGGUGAACUCAAUGGCUCCUCGUGAGCUGCUUUGCUUGGCUGAAUGUUACACGGUUAUUCACAAUGGAUUGGAACAGGCUACAUAUACCUCGGGGUCUUUUGGAUAACGGGAAUUUUUGGUUAUACUGAAUAAGGAUUAACAAAAAAAGGUGGGAACUUGUCCCCCCUCCGAGUUGAGGGAUCGUGUUUAGACGUGGGGAAACGGUUUUACAUCAUAUAGAGCUACAAUUGGUUCACACGGCACAUUACGGUACAUUCUCCAUGGUCAUGUUCCGUUGUAAAUACAGCAUACCUCCUCUCGUUGCCCUUGUUUGCGGCUAUGCUUCGCAAAAUAUUGGCCUGUUCUACGCA